CCAGGCUGCCCGACUUGUUGUGAAUAACAUGACUUCAAUCCUUCGGGAUGAUUAGGCUCGGUUGUGAUCAAGUCUUGGACACCUAAUAACCAUAAAAUAACCAUAAAAACCAAUAAUGGCCAUGCGCUACCAUCCAAUCCGAGAUCGUGCCUAGUCUGCUGCCUACGUCCCUUCCCUCCGCCAUCCCCUCCGUCAUUUCCACCGCUGCGCCGGUCCGACACCGAGUCCCCUGGUCCAUCAUCUGCCUCGUGCCACCACCGCCGCCGACCCUGCGAACCCAGACGGAAGAAGGUGAACCAGAGCCGAGACCACUCUCCCCAGAGAAUGGCAUCGCCCGGUGCAGCCAUUGUACCAACCUCGACUGUCACAUUCACCAACGCGAGCACUUGGACUAACUUCACUUUCACAUGGACGCGCUACGCUCCAUCCUUCGAAGACCUCAUCCUCGCCGGACCUAGGAUGCUCACACGAAUUGGUUCCAUCAUCUCCUUCCCUGAAGCCAUCGACAGCUUCGGCCAGCGCGUUGUUCCCGAUCCCACCGGUUCCCAUUAUUUCGUUACCACCACCGCUACCGAGAUGGCCGCCGAUAUAUCAGAAGCCGUCGCCAACACGGCCAAUGUCUUGGAAGACGACCAAGAUCCCGCCGCCCUAGUCUCUCGAUUCACUAUGGAGGGCAGCGCCAAGGGCCUGGGGAGCGUGUUCAGUUACGCUACGAGCAAGUGGGCGCUAUGCUGCAUUGCCAUGGCUAUCAUCUUGAAUCGUACUCACAUAUUCGCCGCAUCCCGAAGACGGCUCCGCCUAACGUGGCCCCUCCGCCUGGCGCUUCGCUUCGCGCCAAUUCUUCUCUUCGCCUACCAGUCUCGACGACUACUACAGGCGAUUCAGUGCCAGACCUCUCCCGACUUCGCCGACAUGCGUUGGGGUAGCUCUACAAAGACAUCCGAGUUAAUGUUUGCCGAGCCUAGUAGAUACCUACAUGCGCUUAGUUCAACGCUGUUGUUCGGCUCCAGUGAUUACGACAGUUGUCGUGCCAUUAGUAUGAUACCCCCGAGUGACCAGGACUUCUCUCACGAGCUUCGCGGCUCCCUUUCGCAGCUAUGGCCCUUAUUCCAAACUCUAUGCCUCAGUCACUUCAUAGAGACUGUAUCGUGUGCCGUGCAGGGCCGCCCCGUAGCUGUCGAGACGGGCAUGACGCUCUUUGAACAUUCACUGGCCUUUGCGGAGGCGGAUGCUGCUAUUAGCAAUCAACUUGGCUGGGGUCUUUUUUCGAGUGGAAGUACAUCAAAUGCCACCUUUCAACAAGCCUCUGGGGCUAAUAUCGCUAUCUCGAGGUCUAUGAUAAUGAAAAGAGUCAACACCCCGCCGGAGGUACUGCUCAUUGCCUUCAUCUCUUCCAUGAGCCAUAUCACGAGUCAUAUCUUAGGUGUAUUUGGCCUUCAACAUAAGUAUCGACUAUUUAGCACAGGGUUCUGGGCAAUGUGUUUCAUGGGAAGCCUGGUCAUCGAGGCCUUGGAUUUCUCGUUCGAUGACCUAUCUCACAUGGGCCUCUUCCGAUUCCCUACUGUCUGCAUCAUCGGUUUCGUGCCUCACGUUAUGAUCUUUGUCGGGAUUCUGAUAUGCUUUGCUAUCUAUGCUUUUGCGUUACUUCUAGCUGCCAUGGAGCCUCCCGAGCCGACCCCUCACCGGCUUACUUUCCGGGAGCGCAUUCGCCGUGCACACGAAAACAUGCAAGCUAACGUUUCGCUCGCCGACAUACGCAUCUCGCGAGCCAUGGACUUCUACACAGCUCUGCUACGUACGGGUUUUGGCGUCAUCACCAUGGCAAGUGAAGCAGUGUAUUUGAACGAGGAUAGGGGCGUCAAUCUUAAGCCGAGGACAUGGCUUGAGGAAGAUCGCUAUAGGGAGCUUGAAUCUCUCCGCAUGAAUUGGGCAAUGCCAGAAGGAGCAGGGGAUUCAUCCUACGAUUCUGCUGGCACCAUAGGGCUGGUUCCAAUCAAAGAUGGACAAGCUGGGGCAUCCAGUGGGUAUGCUAGAGAGCGAGCAGCCCAAAGUCUACCCAAAUCUCGUGCUGCGGAUCGGCGCCCUAGGGACGGUGUUGGAGCAACCGAACGAAGCUCGCGGUGGCUGCUCGCUUUAGAGUUCAUAAUGAGCAUCAAUCGCCUUGUAUUGAGGUGGUGUGCUUUCAUUACACUAAAAGUACUUGCACGACUCGGCAUACAACAACCGAACUUCCUACUCUACCUUUCUCGUUGGUCUACACGGACCAAAGACGAAAAGAAACCCAGCAACCCAAACAAACCGCGGUCUAGAAUUGGGCGAAAUAACAGGAAUAGUCUACUCUUUAACGAUGAGACGAUGGAUGUAGAGGCAGAAGUACGGAGACGCCUGCGCAGGUCACCGGAAACCAUCAAUCUGCCUGAGGAAGAACUUGAUUCGAGGCUGUACGAUUCAUGGAAGCAUGGAGAGCUAUGGGGCGCGGUAGAUAGCAGUGGGGACUGGAAUCCCGAUGAUAGCGGAGAUGACUGGGAUGCUACUAGCGUUAUCACCGCCUUUGACGGGGACCAAGAGGAUACAGAUGAUCAAUGGGAGGAUGAUGAGGAGGCCGAGGGACAGAGAACGCCUACGCAAAGAAGUAUCAACUUCUCACGCGAAACGACACCCUCCGAUCCCGUAAUCGGUAUACCUGACCUCGCGCGACUACUCCACCCACGAAGUCCCGAGGAGAAACACGAAGCGCACGCUCUAGCCGCCCACUUAAGCAGCGAUCGAAUUGUUACACGGUCACAAUUUGCUCGUAUGCAGCAGAACCAGAGAGGGCGACUCCUCCUCUCUAGCAGUCUGAACCCUGGCCGUAUGACAGAUGAAGAGGAAGCGGAAAUAUUAGAGCAGCUCAUCCUCUCGCGGCGGGCAGAAAUGCAAGAAGACGACAUCAGCUCUUCUCACCCCAGCGACGAGUCCGAGUCCGGCCCUAUCUGCGUCGUCUGCCACACGUCCUCUCGCACCAUCAUCCUCUGGCCCUGCCGAUGUCUGAGCCUCUGCGACGAGUGCCGCGUGUCUCUCGCUAUGAACAACUUCGACAAAUGCGUGUGUUGCCGACGAGAAGUUAUCAGCUUCAGCCGUAUAUACGUGCCUUAAACUCAAGGAAAAGGCUCUCCCCCCUCUUCUCUUUCCCACAUACACCCCCCUUUUUCAUACAUGAAUAAAAUCGAUUUAUAUACGAACGGCAUGCAUGCAUAAAGCGAGAUGAAAUGGGUUUGUUUUUGGUCACAAUUACAUAUACAUACUAAAUAUACCACUUCAGGCUUAUUAUCUAUACUUCUUCAUCGGAGCCAGGCGUUUAGGAGGGCGUUGUCUUUUUUCAAAUAUCCGAAAUGAACAUUCGGCAUGCAUUAGGGGUUUUUUUAGCCCUUUUUACGCUUUUCAUGUAAAUAUGUGAUAGUUAUUCUUAUAUGGGAUGAAAUAAUGAGAACGCGGUCGGUCGGUAACUUUCUGACUAUUGCCUAAGCGAUACUCUCUCUCCCAAUGGUUCAACUGAAUUUAAAUAUACAUAGUUACUGAAUGAUAGUUUAACUAUUUAUUCAGUGGUUGAUCAAUAGUUAAUCACUUGUUUACAGAUGCCCUAUUCAACCGUUGAUUCAAUUAUUUAUACUACAGGCUGG